CCCAAUAUUUUUUCGGCAAGAAACUGCUCGAGAAAUUGCCCUCUGGUGGAAAAAAGACCCUUCAAAACUUUAAUCGGCUAAAACUACGCCCGGCCAGGUCUUCCCGCCGCCCCUUCGCGGCCAUGGCAAACCAGUCCGAUCACCGCCGCCUAUCGACUCAACUGCGACUUUCCGUCCCCCUUCGCCCUCACCUUUCCUUCUCCCGUUCUCAACCUUCCCUUAACUCUGCUUCCGCUUCUGCCCCGCUCUCCCCGUUCCCCUUCUCUCCCUCCUAUUCCACCUCCACACCGUCAAAGCUACGUCGUCUCCCUUCCGCCUCUUCCUCUUCUUUCUCCUCUGUCUUACUUCUGCUCUUUUCUCUCCGAUCCCUCUACUCCCUCCUCCCCUUCCUCCGCUCCAGCCCACCUGCCUUCUCCCUCUUCCCUUUCUCCUUCCUCGUCUCCCUCCUCUCCUUCCUCGUCUCCCUCCCAUUCUCCGUUCCUCAAACCCUAACCCUAAAACCUUCACUCUUCCGCCCCCUCCUUACCAAAUCUUUCCUUCUCACCCUCGUCUUCCUCCUCCGUUUCCAUUCUCUACGCUACUGCAGCGCGGCUGCCUCCAUCCUUGCUGACUUAUCCGGCGCUCUUGCCGCCCGAUCCCUCUUUGGAAGCUCCCGCCGCAGCCGCCUUCUACGCCGGAUCAUUGGGUUCAUAGCCCUGAUGAUCGCGCUUAUUCUACUCUCGUAUAGCUGGGAUCGUGUAGGAUGUUUUCCGAUUUUUUCUUUUUAUCCUCCUCCGCCUGAGGGCUGCAACCGUGUAUCGGCCAUGGUACUCACCUUCCUCUCCGGCUUUUUAGGAUUCCAUGAGCGUGCAGCUGGAAAUUCAGGAGCUUUGAGGCAGCUCGGUAGGAAGAGGACUCGGUUAGCUACCCUCGCCUUUACUUCAGUAUUCCUGUUUUUUCCGGCAUGUAUUAGUAUUUUUGUUGAUGGAGGUGGGGAGAAUGGGGAUAGUUCUGUUUCUGUGGCGUCUAUGGUUUGGCCUUUGAUUAAUACUGUUAUAUUCGGUGUUGUGUUGAAUGAGAAUUUUAGUGUUGAUGAGAAGUUUGGAUUCGGUGGAAAGAAUUUCCAGCGAGAGUUUUUGGUGACUUUUUUCUGCACCCUUCUUUUGGAGCUGGUUUACUACCCCAAGGUGUCAUUGCCUGGUUUUCUGAUAUGUGGAUUCUUACUGUGGAUUUCGGUUCGGGAAUUGAGUUCUUCAUCUUUUCAAUAUGUGGAGCUUGGAAACCUGGAGUCCUCUUCAAAUAUUUAUGCGUUGAUUAUGAAUCCGCUUAGACACAUUAUGAGUCAGAGGAAAACUAGAAAGAUUGCUCUUUUCUUGUUGAUUAAUACGGGCUACAUGGUUGUGGAGUUUGUUGCUGGUUUCGUUAGCAACAGCCUUGGUUUGAUAUCUGACGCUUGCCACAUGCUUUUUGAUUGCGCUGCUCUGGCCAUUGGGCUGUAUGCUUCCUACAUCUCUGGGCUACCAGCAAACAAUCAGUUCAAUUAUGGCCGGGGCAGAUUUGAGGUGUUAUCAGGCUAUGCUAAUGCCGUGUUUUUAGUCCUGGUUGGUGCACUUAUUGUCUUGGAGUCAAUAGAGCGAAUUUUGGAUCCUCAAGUGAUUUCCACAAGCAGUUUGUUGGCUGUUUCCAUCGGAGGACUGGUGGUGAAUAUCAUUGGACUUGUGUUCUUCCACGAGGAGCAUCAUCAUGGGCAUGGCGGGGCUAGUUCGUGCUCUCAUUCUCAUUCAUGCUUCGACUUGCAUUCUCAUUCGAACUCCACUGCCCAAUCUUAUUCCAUUUGGCAUCCUCAUUCCCACGGGGAUUCUCAUUUUGGUCAUGAAAAUUGUUCCAGCAAAAAUGAGCAUCAUCACUCUAGUACAGACUCCAAUGUUCACUUUCAGCCUAUUUCACAUGAGCAUUCUCAUGUUGGUAACAGCGAACAUUCUAACUCUCAUUCCCAUCAUCACCAUCACAACCACCAUCACAACCAAAGCGAUAAUUGUGGUCAUCAUAUGCACGAAGAUGAGCAUAAUCACAAUUUGAGCCACCGUGAUCAAGGUCGUCAUUGUAAUCUUCAGGAACAUGAUCACCAAUAUCAGAUGCAUCACGUUGGAGAUCAAAAUCAUCAGGGUUCCUGUAAACACAACCGUGAACAUAAAAGCCUAUUAAUUGGAAUCAAAGAAGAGGGUUUGAAAAUGCACUAUCACAUUGACCACAAUAUGGAAGGUAUCUUUUUGCAUGUUCUUGCUGACACAAUGGGAAGCGUUGGGGUUGUCAUUUCAACGCUUCUUAUUAAAUACAAAGGUUGGCUGAUUGCAGAUCCAGCUUGCUCCAUAUUUAUUUCAGUAAUGAUUAUUUCUUCUGUUGUUCCUCUUUUGAGGAAUUCUGCCGAGAUUUUGCUGCAGAGGAUUCCAAGGAGUCAUGAGCAGAAUCUUAAAGUAACUCGUGAUAAUCUCAUGAGGAUUGAGGGCGUUUGUGGUGUUCAGAAUUUGCAUGUGUGGAGCUUCAGUAACAUAGAGAUUGUAGGAACUGUGCAUCUUCACGUGUCUUCUGAAGCUGAUAGGGUUUUGAUUAAGAAAAGAGCUUCUGAAUUAUUUCAUGAAGCUGGUAUAAAAGAUAUUACCAUUCAGUUGGAAUGCGUGAGCUGAUAGUUAUAGGGAAUAAGGAUUUUUCUCUGCAAAGCUAUAAUUAUACCGGAGAAAAUUUUGUACUAAUUUGAUGAGGAACGAGCAAUGUAUGCCAGAAUGAACCAUUUAAUCUUGUCCUUGAUUUGCAUCUAAUAUGGUUCAUGGCCAGUUUACUUUAGAGACAAAUCUCUGCAGAAAAGAAUUUUUUUGUGAAGCUUUGCGACCAUACAGCUUUUGGCUUGCGUUUGUUCAGUUUCAAUCCUGAAUUUUUAGCAAAUAUAAAUUUCUUCUGUUGAUUGGAGACAAAGUAGCUUAUCAGUAUCAUUGAAUUACACCAUUUUCUAGGGCUCAAUGUACUUCUCCAUUUCAGUGUUGAAAUCGAUCAAUUUCAUCAAGUAUUUUGGGAGAUCUAACAGUUAUAAU